CCUUGAAUCUCUGCGUCCAUUUGAGUUCCUGCCUUCCCGCCACGCAGGGCAGUGGUUCAUGUUGCUGCCCCUGGAACGCAUCCAUCGGGCUCAGUGAGCGUGUUACGUUGAAUCACCGCAGAAGAAGCCUUGUGGCGCUCGAGGGAACCCGUCAUCAUCACAUUUUCCAGUCAUGGCGCCUAAGAAGCCGUACUGUCAGAUCAUCGAUGGCGUACCGCGAUGUCCAGGCCUAGAACCCGACCUCUUCAGAGAUAGCCUGAACUUUCGUGCGGAGAAAGGAGAUUUGGUUCAGUGCACGUAUCCCAAGGCGGGCACACAUUGGGUCAUGUACAUUCUCGAACUCAUCCUCAAAGACGGCGAUCCCGUGCCCAAUCACGCUGAGUUUCUGCGCUAUGUUCGCUUCGUCGGCCGCAUGGAGACCGAAGGCUGGCGGUCGCCUCUGCCCGUGAGGCUGUUCACCACUCACGAACCUCUCACCAAGGACACGAUGAAUCCCGAAGCCAAGUACGUCUACGUGGCCCGCAAUCCAUGGGACACCUGCGUCUCAUUCUACCACAUGGCGACGUCACUGAGUAUGUUCAAGUUCCGGGACGGUACAUUCGAGGAGUUCUUCGACGCCUUCAUGCGCGGAGACUUUGGCUAUGGCGACUAUUUCGACCAUGUCGCCUCCGGUUACGCGCUUAGGAACGAACCCAACCUGCUUUUCUUGACGUACGAAGAUCUCAAGAAGGACACGCGCAAGACGGCACUCAAACUGGCCUACUUCUUGGGGGACCGGUAUGGCAAGCGCCUGGAAGGUGACGAGGACCUUCUGCGAACCCUUCUGGAAAGAACGACGGCUGAGUACAUGCAAAACGUGCUCGUGUUGGACGUUCAGGGUGUCGAUCCUGCGUGGAAGACGCGAAGAACCGAAACAACUGUACCUGACAAGUCGGCUUAUGGAGGGGACCUCAGGAAGUACCGCCUAGUUCGGCGUGGUAAGCCGGGAGACUGGAAGUCUUAUUUCUCGCCAGAGCAACUGCGCCGCGUGGAGGCGAAGAUUUGCGACAGGGGGCGCGGCGCGCGUUUCAUGAAACUGUGGAAAGACAUCCGAGAAGAAACAAUUGCGGCCUCUCUCGGAUGAAGAUUAACAAAAAGUGAAGCUUUUUUUUUUCGAAAGUGGACGAUGGUGUCUCGAUACUAAAUAGCCGUGCCAGAGACUCAAAUUAUAGGCACGGUGUGAAUUCGGUAUGUACGUUAGACAGAAUAACGAUGGCUCAGGACAGGCACGCCCUGUUGCGUCUUUUCGGAACUGAACGUCAGGUAGCAAUGCGGAUACUGAUGGCUUACGGUGGGUUGUCCUGCCAACUUCUUGCGCAGGCUUCUCUUCAUGAGCAACUAUUUCAGUGGUGGUCAGCAGGAACAACCGCCUUCUC